CAUGAGCUGCAUGAAGCAGCGCCCAAUCUGUCCGCGUUACCCACCAAUGCACAAAUCAGCGAAUACAGCAACAACAACAGCAACAGUAACAGCAACAAUACGAGUAGAAACCACAACAGCACAACUAAUAACAGCAACAACAGCAACGGCAACACAACCAACAGCAAUGGCAACAGCAACAGCAACGGCAACGGCAACGGCAAUAAUAAUAAUGCCAUCAAGAGCAACAACAACAGCAACGCAGCAGCACCCGCCAGCACAGAGGAGGCCUGCAGCUCAACAACUCUGCAAGGCACAGGACAGGAAACAGUUGCGGCCGCUAUCAAACAAUCGCCGACAUCGCCGCAGCAGCAGCAACAGCAGCAACAACAACAGCAGCAAUUGGGUGGCAUUUCAGCUCUGCAAGUGGAUGAGGUGCUGUAUGCGCAGGUGCUGCCAGAGAAUAACUAUCAUUUGCAACAACAGCAGCAACAACAACAACAACAAUUGCAGCAACAAUUACGUCAAAACACACACAUGUUGCUGCAGCAACACUCAACGCAACAGCAACAGCAGCAGCAACUUGUGAAUUACCAGGACCGUCCACCGCCGCCGCCCUACAGCGCCUGUCUCGCCAACAACAGCGGUAAACAGCAACAGCAGCAACAAAGGCAACAACAACAGCAAUCGUUUGAAGUGGAGCAACAUCAACAGCAGCAGCAGCAACAACAACAAACACAACAACAACAACAACAACAACAUCUUACCACCUAUGAACAGUUUCUGAAACUGUCCGCCCAGGAGUACACGCAACUGAACGCGGCCGCUGAGAAUGCGGCGCUCAAUUUGAGCAGCAUGGGCGUCAGCAAAGCUGGCGAGGAUAACGAGGUAAACGACGAGGCGACGUCUCAUGAACUGCGCAUGCUGCGGCAGGUGAAUGUGGCCGCCGUUGCCGUUGCCGCCGUAAGCAAUGCGAAUGACAACGUGGCCGAUGCCGACUGUGAGCAGUAGUUGUUGUAGGCGUGGCAUGCUGUUAGAUUAGGCAUAUACGAUAGAUAGAUAUAUAUAUAUAUAUGUAUGUUAGCGUUGGCGAUUUAUUAUGUACACACGCACACACAAACACACACACACACAAACACACACACACACACACAGAGAGAGAGACGCACAACAAGAAAGCGUGCCACAGGCAUGUACUAUAUUUGAUUUAUUUAUGCAUAUCUAUAUGCCAGAGAGAGAGAGAGCCUGCUGUACCUAACUUUAAAAACCUGUCACUGAAUUGUAUUGCCUUUCGAAAACAAUAAGACAAUCCUUCA